GAAAAAAGUCACGCACUCUGAGCUGGAUAUACUGAGCAAGGAUCAUGUUCUGCUUCUUCCUGCUGGUUUAUUGUUUGUCAGGUGCAACAAGCUCAGACGUGCUGAGCCGUCACAGACGAGCAUGGAGUACUGACUCCUUUGAGAUUGAGGAGGGCCAUCCAGGACCGUUCCCAUAUGUGUUGGGCAAGGUGGAUAUUGCUCGGCAAUAUGGAAUAUACUUUAAACUGUAUGGAGAAGGAGUGGAUGAAGAGCCAAUGGGAGUCAUCUCCAUUGACAAAGACUCUGGCACUUUGUAUGUCCACAAGGCCGUGGACUAUGAGGAGAGGAAAAAACUUGAGCUAAUAUUUGAGGCCAGGAAAAUGGACGAUUCACUUGACACCAGGUUACGAAUUGAGGUUUUUAUAAAGGACAUCAAUGACAACCCACCGCGCUUUGAGAGGAAUCUGUAUGAGACUAAUGUUGAUCAGGAACACACACAAGGCUCCAGUCUUUUGCAAGCGCAUGCUAAUGAUCUAGACCAGAGUGGAACACUAAACUCAACCUUCCACUAUGAAAUCAAAUCUGUGUCUCCAAACAUUAGCGACACUGAAUUCUUCAUUGAUGAGCCUGGGGAAAUCUCAUUCAAAGGAUGUUUAAAUCAUGAGGUGGCUGAAAAGUUUACAAUAGUGGUGGAGGCCAAAGACCAUGGUGACAUAAUCAGCCUGUCCAGUUCAACCACUGUUGUGAUUCACAUACGGGACGGCAACAACCACCUUCCAAUCAUCAGUGGUCAAACGGGCACUGGCAAAGUGAAGGAGCUUGCGACUGGGGUCUCUCCUCUGCGGCUGCAUGUGACAGACAAAGACACCCCCCACACCUCAGCAUGGAGAGCCAGAUACACCGUACAUGGUGAUGAGGGAGAGCACUUCAGGAUAGUAACUGACUUAGAUACUAAUGAUGGAAUCCUGACAGUAGUUAAACCUUUAGACUUUGAGAAGGGGGCACAGAGGGAGCUGUUGAUCUCAGUGGAAAAUGAGGCACCAUAUUACUCCUGUAACGUGAAAGAGAGGACAUCCUCAGGCCUCUGGAAAGUUGACACCAUUAAAGGCCACGAUCCCUCUGGUGCAGCUGAGCCUGAUUCUGUACAAGUCACCAUUGAAGUGGAGGAUAACAACGACCCUCCUCAGUUCACUGUGACCACGAAAAAGGUCGUGGUGGAGGAGAACGCACCAGUUGGAACCUGGGUGGACAAAGUUACCGCUGUGGAUCCUGACUCCAGUCAUGUGCGAGAUUUUGUUUACAAGAUAGGAAAUGAUUCUGCUGGCUGGGUGAUCGUGAAUCCCCACACAGGUGACAUCACUAUGAUCAAGACACCUGACAGAGAAUCUCCACACGUUGUUAACGACCUCUACACCAUCUUAGUGUAUGCAGUUGACAAUGGUAACCCACCUAUGACAGGUACAGCUACACUGCAUAUCCAUGUGACUGACCAGAAUGACAACGUGCCAAAGCCAAGAGUGGACAGCCUGGAUGUGUGCGUGUCCGAUGCCCCCACAACCACCAACAUCAUGGCCUCUGACCCGGAUGACGUACCGUACGGAGGGCCUUUCACAUUUGAACUGUUGGGGAAUGUGGAAGGAAAAUGGAGCCUGAAUCCUGCCUAUGGUGACACAGCUGGUCUGGUGAAGGAGCCCAGUGUGUACGCUGGUCACCACACAAUUCAUCUAAAGAUCUCCGACAUGCAGGGAGCAUUUGGAGUUUACAACCUCAGUGUGGCUGCCUGUGACUGCACUGAGAGACCCAACUGUUACAAAAAACAAAACGCUGGAGCAAAUCUUGGCCUUUAUGCUUUAUGCAUAAUAGUUUUUUCACUGUUACUACUUCUAUUCGUGUUGCUGAUGGCGUUCAGUAUCUCACGCACAAGAGAGUUCAUCGCUAUGCAGCCUAGUGACUGUGCUGAAGCAACCCUCCUCCGAUCAAACAUUGAGGCCCCAGGAGAAAACGUCCAGAUUGUUUUAAUGAUUCCUGACCUUAUCAUGGAAACACCUGCCAAUGAGUACAAUAAUCCAUCUAUCUUCCAUUGUCCACCGGCUGAGAUGCAAAACACAUUUUUAAUGAAGGAUAUGAAUCAGAGCUUCAUCCAUUCACACUAUGGGAAUUUUAGGAGGGAAAAUCUGCCACAAUACAGCAACGCUGGGAACCAGUUUCAGUCAACCUGGAAUCCUCCAAUAUCCACAAACUAUGAUGGCACCUACCAGUUUGAAGACAUGGGCGCCAUGAACUUCCAAACACAAAACUUCAACUGCGGUAUGGAGUCAGACACCCUUGGGCUACUUCAGAAGCUGGACCUGCUCCAGAAGCAAGAAGGGGACUUUGACUGUGAGCCUCACAUUUAUGCAGAGCAAAGGGACUCAGACAGCACAUCAGAGCUGGAGCCCAUCAGUAUUUCAGAAGAGGGUUCAUUUCAGGACACACUGGAAGACCUGGGCCCAAAGUUCUACCAACUGGCUGCAGUUUACAGCCCAGAAAAACAAGACUGAAUAUAUUCUGUAACAGAAUAUUUUUAUUCUAAAUGUGGGGAAGAACACAUUUAACCCUCGGAUUCCAUUAGCUUUUUAGGUGAAUUAAUGUUAGUGGUUUAACCACUUCUGUGUGAGCAAUACCACCAAAGAGCCGUAUUGUUAAUCAUAUGUAUUUAAUAACUGGCAUGUCUCUUCAGUUUUCAUUUCACAAACUAGAAAGAAAAACAAAAAGUACUACUAUCCAAUUUUGACAAGACUGCCUUCCAUAACUUGUUUGGAUCACAUUUGGACAGUCGAGUACAUUUAAUUUCAUGCAUUUAACAAAAAAAA